AUGUCCAAAAUAUUUUUUCUUCUAGCUACAUUGAGAUUUGCUACAGCUUGUGCGGAUGUUUGCAGUAAGUUCGCUCUAAUGAUAACCUUUAUGACGUGGCAAACUCCAAUUUUUCAGACGAAGAUGACGGUGCCUACGUCAUGAGUACGUUUCCCAAUGUUGCACCAGUUCCAACAUGUUCAGAAGGUUAUAAAAGUUUUCCAAGACCGGGUUACAAUUGGUGUAUGAAGAUUUAUCCAGCAAUAUUGAAAAACUUCACUGAAGCCGAAGCUUUGUGUACUGCAGAUGGAGCAGUUCCAUCAGGUCAUCAAAAUGAUGUUGAGGAAAGCUGGAUUACUAGUGAGUGAACCGGUACAAUUGUUUUUUUUUUGAAGAUUAAUUUUAUUCAUUCAGGGACGGCAAUUACCGUACAAGCAGAAUAUGGUUAUACAAUUGGUGGUGUCUGGCUGGGUCUCCAUAUCACGCUUGGUUGUGACUACACUGGUUUCGCGGAUGACAGUCCGAACUGUGGUACCAACUCUUUCGAAUGGACAGAUGGUUACACAACUGGAUCAAGUCAGAUCAAAUGGGCGGAAGGUGAACCAUGGCAAUCAAAGUAAGUUGGAUUUCUUGAAAAGUUUGUAGUUUGAAAAAAAAUUUAGCGCUUACCAAUGUGCAUUGAUGGCAGCGUAUUCUGCAGGUAAUUUUCCUGACAACGACUUCGAAGCUCUACCAACUCAAGUUAUAAAUGUUGCUUGUAAUACAAGAUAUGCAUCGCGACCCUUUCAAACCAGGACAACUAUUGUUUGCGGAAAACCGCCGACAGAAUAUUCCUGA